AUGGGUCCAGAAGAAGCAGCACAGCCUGCACAGUACAUCUUCGGCCGCGAGAAUCGCGAGUUCGUCGUUAACGCGCAAGCUACAGCUGACAGGAUCUUCUCACGCCGGAGCAUCACGAAAAGCAAUCGGAAUCAGCAGAUCAAGGCAGAGAUCGCACGACGACAAGCACAAGGCGUACCGGCCACCAUCCAUACGGCACGACCGAGCAAACGCAGACGAGGUCCCGAUGACCAGAUCGACGACGACGAGCGCGACCGAGUGCUACGACCGAAGAGAAGAGCAGUAGCACAGAACAACCAAGUUUCGGCUGAGCGGAGAGCAAUCAGAAAGCAGGCGCGGCCAAGAGGUGAUCCCAAAGUACGAUGCUGGGACUGGAUGCUACACAACGGCGAUAUGCACCAUGCGAGGAAUGGCUCGGCCUUCGACACAUACGAAAAGAUCAACGAGGAAGUGAGCACCCCAUUGGCCCUGGGAGAUGGCAUCAAAGCAGUCGGCAUUGGCACGGUCAGACUGGAGGCGAAAUGA